AUGUCCACUUUGAAAAACAAAGCGAGUCAGGUCUCACACGACUGUCCCACCAUAGAGAAGGAGGCCAACUCUGAAGAAGAAAGUCCUGUGGCAAAUAUCUUCCAAGCAGCUGAGAAACAACUGUUUAAUUUAGUUGAAUGGGCCAAACGUAUUCCUCAUUUCACAAAACUUUCUCUUGAUGACCAGGUGACAUUAUUACGGGCAGGUUGGAAUGAACUGCUUAUUGCUGGCUUCUCUCACAGGUCGAUACCUGUAAAGGAUGGUAUCCUCCUUGCCAGUGGUAUUCAUGUCCACCGGAGCAGCGCUCACUAUGCUGGGGUGGGCACUAUCUUUGACCGCGUCCUUUCAGAGUUAGUUGCUAAAAUGCGUGAAAUGAAAAUGGACAAGUCAGAACUUGGUUGCUUACGUGCAAUUGUACUCUUUAAUCCAGAUGCCAAAGGGCUUGUCUCAACCCAAGAAGUUGAAUCCCUUCGUGAAAAGGUCUAUGCUACUUUGGAGGAAUACUGCAAGUGCCAGUAUCCAGAAGAGACUGGUCGUUUUGCCAAAUUGCUCCUGCUACUUGUCACUGUGGUUCAUACCUAUCUCCUCUGUCCUGCCCAGCCAUCAUUGUCCUCCAUUAUUUGUCCUUUUGGGUGCCUCUAUCUUUCAACAUUUUUCUCCAUGAAUGAUUGGAAAAUGUAUAGGCAACGCUUUCUGACACCCCCCCCCUCCUCCUGGGUAUAUUAUUUCUGUAUUCAGUUUUACUUUCUCUAUCGUCCUCCCCCCUCCCCCCGAGCAGGAGCAGCAGACUAG